AUGUCAAAUAGAACCUCUUCACAUGAUGAAGAUCUAUUAUUACAAGAUUUUAGUCGAAAUGUAACAACAAAAUCGUGGGCGCUGUUUUUCGGCAAUGCUGCAAUUGUUUCAGCUAUACCAUUAAUUGCACAAAAACGUGAAGAGGCUGUUGGUCGUGAAAUAAGUCGAUUGUUUGCCAAUGAUAAGAGUGCAAACAAAAAAGAGAAAGAUGAUCGGGUCCUAAUGCUUUUUGGACCGACUGAUACGGCGAACACUUGUUAUUCAUGCAAUCCUUGUGGUGAUAGUUUUAAUCCAAGUGUUGCUACUCCAGUAGCCACGGGUUCAUCAUCGGAUUACUGCCGUAAAACUGUUACUGGUAGUCUUGUGGUCAAGGAUUCUACAUCGUCUUGUACUACCACGGCUAUAUUUGGAAGUGGUAUUUAUUGUUGCAGUACCGACUUGUGCAAUGGUGGAAACAGUAUUCAGAAGCAAAUACCCUUAUUCGUAUUAACUGGCAUCUUUUUCAUAACAUUUAUUUAUGAAAAUCUUGUAAAUUAA